GAGGUGGUUAAGUAAAAGGCAAACGUUGUCCCAGCUUAUUCUGGUACCAGCUGGAGGUGGAGGAGGUUCACACAGAGCCAAGAUGGCUGACUUUGAGGAGCCGCUGUCAGAUGAAGAAAAGGUCCGUAUUGCAGCCAACUUUGUGACCCAUGCUCCUCCUGGAGAGUUUAACGAGGUCUUUAAUGAUGUGCGGCUGCUUCUCAAUAAUGACAACCUUCUCAGAGAAGAGGCUUCUCACUCCUUUGCCCAGUACAACAUGGAUCAGUUCACUCCUGCCAAAGUAGAGGGAUAUGAUGAACCAGUCCUGAUCACAGAGCACGGUGACCUGGGUCAAGGACGCUUCCUGGACCCCCGUAAUCAUUUAUCCUUCCGGUUUGACCACUUAAGGAAAGACGUCAGUGAUGUGCAGCCUUAUGAGGGAGACGGGGCUUUGAGGAGCUGGAGAGAUGCAUGUGAUACUGCCCUUAGUGCCUACGUCAAAGAGCACUACCCUACAGGAGUCUGUACGGUAUAUGAGAAAACGGUUGAUGGUCAGCAGACGGUUAUCGCCUGCAUUGAGGGGCAUCAGUUUCAGCCGAAAAACUUCUGGAACGGUCGCUGUAGGUCAGAGUGGAAACUCACCCUUGGUCAGUCCACUGCCCAUGUGGUUGGAGUUUUGAAAAUCCAGGUGCAUUAUUAUGAAGAUGGGAAUGUGCAGCUGGUUAGUCAUAAGGAGAUUGAAGACUCGAUACCUGUGACAAAUGAAAUUCAAACAGCAAAAGAAUUUAUUGACAUUAUCGAGAGUGCAGAAAAUGAGUACCAGACUGCGAUUAAUGAGAACUACCAGACCAUGUCCGACACAACCUUUAAGGCCCUGCGUCGCCAGCUGCCUGUCACACGCACCAAGAUCGACUGGAACAAGAUUCUGAGUUACAAAAUUGGCAAAGAGAUGCAGAAUGCCUAGAAGAGGAAGGGACCGGGAUUGUGCACACACUCAUGGGUCCACCACCCAUCUAUAUAUGCUCAAGGACUAACCAAAGCAUACUUUAUUAAUAUGGGGCAAGGAAGUCAUGAAGGAAAUUGUAACUGAAGAUUUGCAGACUGUUAGGCACAGAUAUUUGUCUGCUGAAAAGAAGUGCAGUUAUUAAAAAGGAAAAUAAAAAGUUGGGAGUUAGGUGUUACUUUUGGAGGGGUGAUCGGUGCUUGGACAGUGUGCAGGGCUGUGCUCAGGAAUGCUUCGUUUGAAGGAUUAAAAAACACCUUCAACUGUUUCAAGGAACCACAGGACUCUUAAGUUCUAAUGGUUUGUCUUAGUAACACUGAUGUGUCGCUGCUCUCAGCACACAGGGCACAAAGCAGCUGAUGAGAGAAACCAAGCACAUCGUCACAAACCAGGGUAAAUAUGGUAAUAUAUACAUUUAGGUCUUUUUUUCCCUUUCUUUUUACUGUUUUUGGCAUCAUGGCUCCCAUUUUCUUUGAAACUGAAAACCAAGGUAAAGAAUUCAUCAUAUGAUCAGGAAGAGAAAUGUCAGUUGUUACAUUUAAAUUAAGUCUAGAGUUUUGUGCCAUCAAAAAAGUAUCAAACUAACCAGAUUUGGGAAGAGCACACCCAUCGACAUGACCCUGUUAUACAGGUGCUCCUGCACCUGGAAGUUUGAUCUGAGGAAACGGUGACCGGUUUUCCGUCGUGCUCCGCUGACGUAUCAUCUUCCCAUUCUGGAAGAUAAAACCUUUGCUGCUGCAUCCAUGCUUAACACACUCGGUUUACUUUCUUAGGCAACUCCCUUAUUUCUGUAUAGCUUUUCUUUUAUAAGAAGGAAAACGCAUUAACCAAAAAUUAUUGCCAAAAUCUCUUUCCUAUGGUAAAGAAAUCCAUCUCAUAUUAAUUUGCCUUUUUUUUUUUUUUUUUGCUUUUGUCGGAGUCUUAGAACAUUGCACUCAAAACUGUAACUAAACUAGUCAACGCAAAGAGAAUGGAAAGCAGCUGCCAUAUGGCAAGAUGAUUAACUGUAAACGUAACGUAUUCCUGUUGGGCCGUGUCAUUUUCUGUGUUACACAACUUCUGAGUAGACUGACUCUGGAUCAGUUACGUGUUAGCUAUGCUGUGUGCUGUGUUCAAACCUUAUAAUGUACUACAGCGGUGUGCCGAUCAGUUAUGAACUUCAAGACUGUACUCCCCUAUUCUGUUCAAAUAAACGGACUGGACAACUCCAAA